AUGGAAGUCUCUGGUAAAAUAGCUGAAGCAAGACAUGGUUUAAAAUUGUGUGAAAAUUGUCAAUUUGAAAAAGUUACAACAAAAGCAAAUGGAAUAUGUCGGGAUUGUGAGGAAUAUAUGUGCGAUACAUGCUUUCGGCAUCAUCUCAAGGGUAAAAGGAAUAGAAAUCAUGAAUUGAUUGACAUGAAUGACCCAGAUAUUGCUGCAAGGCACAUUUCAGAAGAAGUAGAGAAAUGUAAACACCACAAUAAUGAGGCAAUCAAAUUCUACUGCCGUAAACACGAAAUUAUUGGAUGUGGUGACUGCUUUGCAUUGGAGCAUAGAGGAUGUACACCCGAAUACAUAAAAGACAUAUCGAAAAACGUUCAAGAAACCGUGGAUUUUGUCAAUUUGAAGAGGAAAAUUGAACUACUGGAACGUCAGAACAAAGCAACCUAUGAGACCGUUCGAAAUAAUCGGAAGGACUGUAAAGAGAUGCAAGAAGAAGUGCUAAUUAAGAUAAGAAAGUUUAGAACGGAUAUCAAUAUUUAUCUGGAUAAGGCAGAAGCAGAUAUAAUAUCUGAAAUGAAACUACUGAUGUCCGACAACGACAAACUUCUUGAUAAGUUAGAUAACGAAUGUGCAAGAUGUACAUCUAAAUGUGAAGGUUUAAAGCAGAAACUUGACCCAACUGUCCAUACAGGAGAUGCACUUUUUAUACAAACAGUACGUAGUAAAGCAAGCAUUCUGGAAAUUGAACAUAAGCUGUCAAAAACUGUACAAUCAGUAUGCGAAGUCAAAGGUUAUGAAUUUAUUCCUAACCAACACUUGUCCAGUAUCAUCAAAUCUAGAGAAAAACUUGGCAAACUCAAUAUUUGGAAUAUAAAUGAACCUAAGCAUGAUGAAAUCACAAAUUUGGAAAUGAACGUUGAUACAUUAACAUUCGAUGAACCAAUGAAGCCAACGAAGCCAGUGCAGCAGGAAAUAGAUACAAAAACUGUUUACAGGCGAGAGUUACUAUACCCUGUACAGUCCAUGCAUGUGAUUGAUGAUGAAUUUCUUCGCAGGUUGAACACGGAAAGCUCCAGUAUUUGGCAUGGAUUGAUUUAA